CCAGCUAAUAACAAGUUGUCAUCUCUGAGAGUAAAGGAGACUCUAAGCAGUUCAGAAGGUUCCGAGAAGAAAAGAUUCCGACCUUAUUACAAUUCAGCUUUAAAAAUAAUUUUUUCUUAAGAGCAAUUUGAUCCAAUCUUUCGGAUUCAUAAGCCCCCACUGAUAAUAAUAAAGGAGAGAUCCCUUUUUCUAAUAAUUUACUUUAUUUUUUGAAAUGCAAAGAUAAAAAACUUGAUUGUUUCUCGAGAAAAAAACCGGUUUAAGAGAGGAAAAAUCAAGGAGAUGGGUUUGUUGGAAUCUGUGAAAUCGAUCAAUUGGGAACUCGAAUCACCUCCGGUUUACCAGGAUUUUCGUGUUCUCCCUCUCUUCGUAGUGUUCUUCCCUUCGUUUCGAUUUCUCCUCGACAGAUUGGUCUUCGAGAAAUUGGCCAAACAUUUGAUAUAUGGAAGAAAACAGAGACAGAUUAUGGGAGAUAACGAUGCAACCGAGAGAAAUAAGAAAAUCAUAAAAUUCAAAGAAUCGGCUUGGAAGUGUGUUUACUAUCUAUCAGCUGAGAUUUUUGCUCUAUAUGUGACUUACAAUGAGCCUUGGUUUAAGAACACUAAAUACUUUUGGGUUGGCCCUGGAGAUCAAGCUUGGCCUGAUCAACCAAUCAAGUUAAAGUUGAAGCUUUUUAAUAUGUUUGUGGUUGGGUUCUACACAUACUCCAUCUUUGCUCUGAUUUUUUGGGAAACAAGGCGUUCUGAUUUUGGAGUUUCAAUGGCUCAUCAUAUUGUAACUCUUAUUCUUAUUGUCAUCGCGCACUUAUGUAGCUUCUCUCGUGCUGGUUCUGUGAUUCUACCACUUCACGAUGCAAGUGAUGUGUUUCUUGAAGUCGGGAAAAUGUCUAAGUAUAGUGGAGCUGAAGGCAUCGCAAGCUUUUCUUUCAUUCUUUUUGCCUUGUCUUGGAUCAUUCUCCGUCUCAUUUACUAUCCCUUUUGGAUCCUAUGGAGCACUAGGUUUGUGUUUAUCGAUAUAAGUUUGUAUUUCGAAUGUUUCCCGUUAUAUAUGAUAUACAUUUUUUGUUGCAGCUAUGAAGUACUUUUGGAACUGGACACACUCUCGUUCGAAGGAUCAGUUUGCUACUACAUAUGCAACACUCUCCUCUACUCCUUGCUUGUUCUUCACAUUUAUUGGUGGGUCUUGAUUUAUCGGAUGCUUGUGAAACAGAUACAAGCUAGAGGCAAGCUUAGCCAAGAUGUCAGAUCUGAUUCUGAAGGUGAAGAUGAGCACCAAGACUGAUUUGGUCACGCCGUAUUCUCUUAACAAUACCAUAAUUUGUUUUUGUAUUCAAUAUCUGAAUCACAAGUAAAAAAAAUUCAAUAUCUACAUCUAUUAAAGAGAACAUGAAUCUAUCAAAGAGAAAUUUGUUUGUAGAAAUAAAGAAAUUCAAUAUCUGAAUUACAAGAAAAUUCAAUAUU